AUGGAUCAAAAUAAUGAGGAAACCAUAAAAUCUCUGAUGAGCUUAGGUUUGAGCGAACAAAAGGCGAAAGAAACAUUAAAGAAUGUUGGUGUUACCAAAACCCUUCUCAGUAUUUUGAAUGAAGUACGGGCUGUGAAACUUCCAGAAGGUGCUGGAAGCCUUCUCUACCAACUAGGCACGAAAAUAAAGCCCCAAAUAAGUCAUCAUUUACCACUGUUAGUCAAAUAUGUGGCAACCAAUAAGCUAGAUUCAACUUUAAGGGUGGAUAAAGCUAUUGAAUUUGCACUUUCCAACAUAAAGAACAUUAACACUAACAAAUUAGAAGAAUUUUGUGGUGUAGGUAUAGUAGUAACCCCAGAAGAAAUUGAGAAGGCAGUAGAAAAACAUAUUUCUGUUAACAAAAAUGAACUAUUAGAGAAAAGGUACAGAUUCAACACUGGACCACUCAUGCAAAAAGUCAGAGUUGAAUUACUUUGGGCAGAUGGCAAAGCAGUGAAAAAUGAAAUUGAUCUACAGGUUUUUGACUUGUUGGGGCCUAAAACUGAGGCAGAUUUGGCUCCAGUACAGAAAAUUGAUAAAAAACUAGCCAAACCUGCUAAAGUUGACACUAAAACAAAACCAGAUGUGCAGAAAAAUAAUAAAACUGAGCAAUCAGAUCAAGGACUCACCAUCACUGAUGUCAUGAAAAAAGUGAAUUUUCAUGCACCAGGAGAAAAUUUCAAAACUGAUGGCUAUGUUGUCACAGACAACACACAUCAAUUAUUGCAAGAGCAUUUGAAAAUCACAGGGAAACAGGUGAGGACCAGAUUUCCUCCAGAACCUAAUGGUAUCCUACAUAUAGGGCAUGCCAAAGCAAUCAACAUCAAUUUUGGGUAUGCAGCUGCAAAUAAUGGUGUCUGUUUCCUCAGAUAUGAUGAUACCAAUCCAGAAAAAGAGGAAGAGAAAUUUUUCACUGGCAUUAAAGACAUGGUAGAAUGGCUAGGUUAUAGCCCAUAUAAAAUCACACAUUCUUCUGACUACUUUGAUCAACUGUACAAGUGGGCGAAAGAGUUGAUUAAAAAUGGUUUGGCAUAUGUGUGCCACCAAACUGCUGAUGAAAUGAAAGGUUUUAAUCCUCAACCAUCACCUUGGAGAGAACGUCCAAUAGAAGAAAGUCUCCAACUUUUUGAGGAUAUGAAAAAUGGGAAAAUCGAUGAAGGAUCGGCGACUCUGAGGAUGAAGAUAACGCUUGAAGAAGGAAAAUUGGACCCAGUAGCAUACAGGGUGAGAUUCACUCCCCAUCACAGGACUGGGGACAAGUGGUGCAUCUACCCCACAUAUGAUUACACCCAUUGCCUGUGCGAUAGUAUCGAAAAUAUCACCCAUUCUCUCUGUACUAAAGAAUUCCAAUCUAGACGUUCAAGUUACUAUUGGCUCUGCAAUGCUCUCAAUAUCUACUGUCCUGUACAAUGGGAAUACGGGCGUCUGAACAUAAACUACACUGUUGUCUCCAAGAGGAAAAUUGCCAAGCUCAUAGAUGAGGGAAUUGUUAAAGAUUGGGAUGAUCCAAGACUUUUUACUUUAACCGCUCUGAGGAGAAGGGGAUUCCCUGCGGAAGCAAUCAAUAACUUCUGUGCCCAACUAGGGGUAACAGGGGCUCAAAGUACUGUGGAUCCCUCCAUGUUGGAAGCUUAUGUUAGGGACUAUUUGAACAAUACCGCUCCUAGGCGAAUGGUAGUUUUGGAACCUUUGAAGAUAACCAUAGAGAAUUUCCCUGGUGAUAGGCCCUUGAAAAUUUCCGUCCCUAAUUUUCCGAAUAAACCAGAACUAGGCAAUCACACUGUAAGAUUUGAUAGAACCAUUUAUAUUGAGAAAAACGACUUCAUGGAGGUGGGUGAUAAAGGGUAUAGACGUCUGACUAAAUCUCAGCCUGUUGGGAUUCGUCAUUCUGGGUUUAUUUUAGAAGUGACUGAUAUUAAGAAAGACAAAUCGCUAGUUACUGAAUUAGUAUGCAGCUGUCUAGAAGUUGACAAAGCAACUUCCAAGCCCAAAGCUUUUAUUCACUGGGUCAGCGAUCCACAAGAAAUCCAAGUUAGGUUAUACUCCUCCUUGUUCAAGCAUAAAAAUCCGGAGGAUGCGAAUGAAGUUCCUGGAGGCUUUAUAACAGAUUGUAAUUUAGAUUCAUUGAAGAUUAUUACUAGUUUUGCUGAUAAAAAUCUCAAAGCUGCCAAAGUCUAUGAGAAGUUCCAGUUUGAAAGAAAUGGGUUCUUCUCUGUUGAUCCUGACACUUCCAGUAAUAAACUGGUAUUCAACCAAACCGUUGGCCUGAAAGAAGAUGCAGGGAAAUGA